AUGCCCCCCUGGGGCGCCCGCCGCACGGCCUCCUCCGCCCUCUCCCUCAACCGCGCGGCAUCCCUUGCCCUCGGCCGUGCGGCAUCCGCCCCGCUGCCCGUCCGCGUGCUGCCCGCCCACCGCACGCCACUCCAGCUCUUCGUGUUCGACACCCGCCGGGGCAACCGAGAGGGAUGCGAAUCCGACAAGGCGCUCGCGUUCUACCCGCCGGAGAUGCCCCCGGAUGAUCAAUUGGGGACGAUCGGCCUGGCGCAGGCGCUGGUGACGUUCAUUGGGACAUUUGCGCCUGGCGAGGGGAGGCUGCAUACAUUGGAGACGGAGAGGCAUUGGUGGGGGGUCAAGCGGUUUGAAGAGGGGAUCUGGUUUGGAGUUGUCGUGGAGAAGACAUGGGGGCCGGGGAGGAUGGGGGGCGGGGCAUGUGGGGCCCUGCUCGAGGAGGUUUACGCCUGGGCGUUGAUGUUGCAUGGGUCGGUGAAUCGGCUGUUGGAAAGGGACCCGUCCGGUCAGGGCGCGGCGGUGAGCGUGCAGGCUGUGAUCGAGAUGUGGGGGGACAGGCUGGUGGGCGCGCGGGGCAAGGGAGACAAGGGGGACAAAGGGGAGUACGAGAGCCCGUUCGGCCUGGCCCGGCACCGGGCGGUGCCGGCGAUCCCGCUGGGGCGAGCGGCGGCCUUGGCCACCCAGGUGAUGAUUCGGAAGGCGUGA